AUCAGAACCUGGCUGAGCUGGAAACUGACCAACGAGAGGCACGAGAGAAGAUACGAUCCCUUCUGUCCCAGCACGCACCUGCAACACCGCCAACCAAAACCACCCCCAAGCCUUCUGUGGAUCCUGGUCAAUUCCGUAAUGUCCGUCGUCUGACUCGGGAGCUGAACGUUUCCAACAAGCGGCUUCGAUCAACCGUUCGACAGAUGAUGACAGACAUGCAGAACCAGCUAGAGCAGCUGAGAGGCACUGUGGGGAAGUUGGCCCACGUGAAGCAGAAUGUGGCUAUGGAGGUGGAGGAGCUGCGAUCACUCUAUAGGAAGCAGACGCUGGAGAGGAAAAGCCUGUACAACAAGCUGCAUGAGCUGCAGGGAAACAUCCGAGUGUUUUGCCGCUGCAGGAGGAGCUCCACCUCCAACUCCUGCCUGGAGAUAACCGCUGACCAGGAGGUAGUGGUCGUCCAGGGAGGAAACAGGAAGAAGUUCCAGUUUGAUAAAGUGUACUCUCCUAGUAGCACACAGGUAACAAACACACUGCUGCGUGACUGA